AUAGUCGGCGACAAAAAUAUCGUACAGUUCCCUGUUAUUUAAUAAAUAAACAUGAUUUCUCGCGUGUUGUUUCGUUUAAUCCAUGAUAAACGCCUGAGCGUCCCCGUUUUGAGAUGCUUCCACCACGAGUUCUCCAAGCCCCCAACGGAGCCGUCUAAGGACAAGUCGCAAGAGAAUAGGAAUCCCUUCCAGAAUCUUGUCGGCGGCGUGCAAAACAAAUACAAAGUUUUCCGCGAUGAUGAGGCACCUGAGAUUUUCGAUGUGGAAGAGGCACGCCACAAGGAACAGAAUCUGCCAGAUGAGUCGGACGCAGCUCAGGAUCAGUACUACGGCUUGAACCUAAAGAGAGGAAUUCGUGGAGUGUUUGAUGUUGAGGACUUGGUGGAACUGCUGCGCAAGGAGAAUGUAGACGAUAUUUUCGUAUGCUACGUGCCCGAGGAUCUAAAGUAUGUGGACCAUUUGGUGGUGUGCAGCGGACGCAGCUACCGACACAUGAUUUCCACGGCGGAGUUUGUGCGUCGCAUGUUUAAGAUCAAGCGCAGCAAAGGUGACAUUUUGCCCCGCAUCGAGGGCGACAAGAGUCGCGACUGGAUGGCCAUGGAUUUGGGUAACAUUGCAUUGCAUAUAUUUUCACCAAGGGCCAGGGAGGAGUAUGAUCUGGAGUCGCUGUGGGCCAUUGGCCCCCAGUACGAUCGCGAGAGCCAAAAGCCGCACAAUCCCUAUGGCGAUUUGUUCAUGGCGCAAACCCCUCGUCCAGUCGAAGAGCAGCAAAGGGAAGAAACGAUGAAAUAGUUUGGCAUAGGAGAAAUACACUGCAAUCACCAGACCACA